CCUUAUAAAUCCACUAAGCACACACACUCUCUCUCUCUCAAAGGACAAUCACAUUUAGAAAGAGAGAAAAGAAAAAUAAUGUCAAUGGACAUGAUGGCAACAGAACGUGUUUGUUAUGUUCACUGCAACUUCUGCAACACCAUUUUAGUGGUGAAUGUUCCAUAUAGCAGUUUGCAAACCAUGGUUACAGUUAGAUGUGGACAUUGUGCUAAUUUGCUAUCAGUUAACAUGGUUGCAUCACUUCAACCAUUUUCUCCUCCACUCCCUCAGCAAAUAGUUCUUGAAGAACCAAGCAACAAGGAAAUGGGAUCAUCUUCAAAAUGCAACAAAAUAGCAUCAACAUUUGAACCAGUAGUAGAGCAUGAACAACCUAGGAUUCCUCCCAUUCGUCCUAUAGAGAAAAGACAUCGGGUUCCUUCUGCUUAUAACCGGUUCAUUAAAGAAGAAAUUCAAAGGAUUAAGGCCAGUAAUCCAGAUAUCAGCCACAGAGAGGCUUUUAGCUCAGCAGCAAAAAAUUGGGCACAUUUCCCCCAUAUUCAUCACUUUGGCAAGCAACAAGCAAAAUUGGACCAUGGCGAAGCAACUCAUGAAAAGUCUAAUGGAUUCUACUGAUAUAUAAAUAUGGUAGUAUGUGAGUAUCAACCUGAUUUUUCUAUGCUUCACCUAAAUCAGUGAAUAUUCAUGAGCUUCAUCAUAUAUUUCUAAAUCCUUAGUCAAAGAUUGGAGACAACUUCUCUUCACCAAUAUUUAAAAGAGUUACUAUAUUAUAUGUGCUUUCCUUUUUCUAUCUUCGUCAUCAAAUUGUUUCUAUUUUUGUGUAUUGCAUUUAUUUUAUAUAUAUGUAUUGAACUCUAUCAUGUACUUUAGUGAACAACACAUUAUAUAUAUAUAUAUAUAUAUUAGGAGACAAGUCAAUGAAGUGGCUAAUGUGUUAACAA